CGGUACCCAAAAGCACCGACAACGAUUUCGGCAACGAAAAGGGCUGAAUGCGCUACAAGCAUAAUGAUCAAGCGCAUCAGUGACGCUCACUGAUUGCCUUCUUCAACAAACAAUCUUGUCAUAUCUACAAAAAGCAAACAAUUUAACCCCAAUAAACCCUAAUUAAACCACAAAAGCAAAAGAAAGAUUCUUUCAGAAGAUGAUGAAGAAGCUGAUCGCCACAGCGGGUGGUGAGGCGAGGAAGGAGAUGCGGAACGUAUAUAUAGAGGGAUUCAGGGGUCGCGGCUUGGAGUGAAACCCUAGUUUGAGAAAUGGGCUUCACAAAAAGGCCCCAAUUUUGGGAAAGCCCAUUUUGCAAAAGUCCAGGGAAACUGGGAAAGCCCUCCGUAAACCCCUGGCGACGAAGAGAGAGGGAACGCAGUGGGAAAUGAAAUGAGAGAGGAGGUUGUUGAUCAAAAUGGGUGCAGCCUCCAUUUCCAAAACGCUGACCAGGAAGUUCUGUAAUGGCGGUGGGUCGCUGGUUGCCCUGGGCAGGCCCUGGGUCCCUCUGCCACCACAACCACAAGCAUUCUCUUCUUCUUGUUCCUUCUCUAGCUCCGCCAUCUCCUCCUCCGUGCCUCAGUCCCAACCAGCGUCCUCUUCCCAAGUUCACGGGAAUGAAAGAAGGUGGGGAUGGUCAAAAUUGUUGCUGUUCCUCCCUGGAGCUAUCACUUUUGGCCUUGGAACUUGGCAGAUUUUCAGAAGACAGGACAAGAUUAAAAUGCUAGAAUAUAGACAGAAAAGGCUGGAAAUGGAACCCCUGAUGUUUAACAACAUAUCUCCAUCCAAUGGAAAAUUGGAUUCUCUGGAGUUUAGGAGGGUGAAAUGCAAAGGAGUUUUUGAUGAGAAAAGUUCAAUCUAUGUGGGCCCUCGUUCAAGAAGUAUUUCAGGAGUGACUGAAAAUGGCUACUAUGUCAUCACACCCCUCAUGCCGAUACCCAACAGCACAGAGAGUGUGCAGUCGCCAAUUUUGGUCAACAGAGGAUGGGUCCCUCGUAGCUGGAAAGACAAGUCUUUAGAAGAUUUACGAUCCGGAAAAAAGCCUCCUAAUAUAGCACCCCUAUCUGUCCAAGGUAGUGAAGGAAGCUCUUGGUGGAGGUUUUGGUCCAAGAAGCGUAAUAACGUUGAGGUCAACAUCCCUGCUGUUAUUCCUACAGAAGUUGUUGGAGUAGUUCGUGGGAGUGAGAAGCCUAGCAUAUUUGUUCCAGCAAAUGAUCCAAGCUCUUUUCAGUGGUUCUACGUUGACGUUCCUGCGACUGCCCGUGCUGCUGGACUGCCUGAGGAUACUGUCUACAUUGAAGACAUAAAUGAAAAUUUCAAUCCAAGUAAUCCUUAUCCUAUUCCAAAGGAUUUCAAUACCUUGGUUCGUAGUUCAGUCAUGCCACAGGACCAUCUCAAUUAUACAUUGACAUGGUAUUCUCUUUCUGCUGCUGUCACAUUCAUGGCUUUCAAGAGAUUAAAGCCCAAAAGGAGUCGGAGAUAGCAUUUCUUGUAAGCAAUAACUUUUACAAAUCAUAUUCUUCCUCUAGGUUACAUGCAUGAAUUUGAUCUGCGAGAACGUGGAGCUGUUAAAUCCACUUCCCUUGUGUAAUUUCCUUAUCAAAGAGAGCGAAAUGUUGUUUGUUAGUUCAUGAGUUCUCAGGUUGACUGGAAGACAUUUACUGGAUCAGCUGCUUUCCUCAUUAAACAAACAAAUAUACAUGAAGGCAGUCAAGUCAUUGGAAAAUAAUGUUCUAUUUUGUGUUUUUAUUCAGUGAAGUAUCCCUCACAAAUUUUUGCGUAGAAACUUUUUCCAAUUUUUCUUAGCAAUAUUAUUUUUUUAACAAGCAUGUAGAUUUGCCAGAGGAUAUGGCCCAUUGGCCCUAUAUAGAGCUGAUUUUUGAAGUUGUUCUGUAAUGGAUCUUAACUAUAAGGGAUUAAGACUUCGUUUGA